AUGAAAAUCCUCUGUUCCGGAAGACUACAUAAGAACCGGAUGUCUCGCUACAACCCGCUGAAGGCUAAGUCACCCAAAUCGGAAGACUAGCGCGGAUCUCUCUCUCACCCGGAAGUCUGAGAAUGACUUCUCCGAAUUUGUCAGCUAAGAACCGGAUGCCUCAAGGAAGACCGGAAUUCUCAAAAAACGGACAAAUGAGAAAAGACUUAGAAAAUUAUCUAAGUCUUGAAUGAAGAAAUUCUACCCGUUGGUAAGGAAAAAUCAAUCUCUUGAUUUUCAACGGCUAGAUUGAAGAUAAGUAUGCUGAUUCAAGAACAAAUGACUCGAAGACAAAGUCUGUAUCUCUAAAAAUUGAAGAACCUGUCCAGAAUUCCUAAACAAGAACUAGAAGACAAACAGAGUAAAGUGCUACAGUCUUGAAUUCUUGAACAACGGCUAGAAGACGGAUUCUGUGGAAGAAGGAAUCCUUUCUCAACAAUUGGGUACGUCCAAACACCCACUCCAACGAAGAAUCUUCAAAUCACAAUCUUCAUUCAAAAUUGAAGCCAGCAAAUGCAACGGAUAAUCUAUUAUGAUUCAACGGAUAGAUUAUCCAAUCCAGCUAUAAAUAGCAUCCUUGUAAGACUGAAGAGAAAACGAUGAGAUACGUUGAUACAACAACACAACGAAGCAAUCACUAAAGCUAUCUCAUUCACAGUUAGCCCAAAAAGCUUGAUAAAGAGAGAUUUCUAAACUCCUUAUCCAGAAGCAAAUUUCUCCUCCUUCCAAAAAGUUAUAGUGUAAACACUUGAAGGUUUCCUUGCCUCAAGCACCACACCACGUUGAAGGAUAUUACUUUUGAUCAAACUUAUUGAUUAAAAGGGGGUAGGUCAA